CUAAGUGAAUCAAGUUUAUUUUAAUAUAAUCAACAACAAAAUAUUUUAACACAAAAUGGGUUGCAAGGCUUGUGGAACAAACUGCCAGUGCUCCGCCACCAAGUGCGGUGACAACUGCGCCUGCAGCCAGCAGUGCCAGUGCUCCUGCUAGAACGGACCCAAGGACAAGUGCUGCUCCACCAAAAACUAGAUACAGGACCCAUCUCGAGCUCAUCUGUGUGAUGAAAGACCCUUUGGCAUGACAACGAAAUAAAAUACACAAUCAAUUGAAACU